AUGUCGUCAACUACGGAAUUAGUACGGUCUCUCACUAUCUAUGUUGGUAUACCAAUAUUCACCAUUGGAACAGUAGGAAAUCUACUGAACGUACGCUGUCUAUGGCGAACUCGUCGCAAUCCCUGUGCUUUUAUAUUCAUAUGUUUAUCACUAAUCAAUUGUCUGGUUUUAUUCUAUGGUUUAUUCACGCGAAUCUUAGGUGUAGGUUUCAAUCUCGAUUGGGCAACGAGCAACUUAAUUUGGUGUAAAUGUCGUGCGGCAUUUAGUCAAGCAGUCUUUUUCAUGUCGUUAACAUGUGUUUGUUUGGCAAGCAUCGAUCGAUACUUUGCAAGUUGUCGAGAAGAAAAAUAUCGUCGUUUAAGUCGGUUAUCUUAUGCAAUAUGUGCUGUCCUGUUGACGUGUGUAUUCUGGGUGCUGCAUUCAAUUCCGGAUUUGAUCUAUGGGACUAUAGCACGAAACGCAGUGACAGGAGUAAUGACCUGUACAAGUUCUGCGCCUAAGUAUUUUACAAACUAUCAAAUAUACGUUUCACUACCCAUGUAUCUUGGUGUGUUUCCCGCCCUGAUUUUAAUCGCGUCAGGUUUAUUGACAUAUAGAAAUACGAGACAAUUACAAGCUGAACGUCAACGUGGAGUGAUACAGAAACAACUGACGAAAAUGAUGCUUAUGCAGAUACCAAUCAUACUUGUUUCAACUGUACCAUAUAUUGUGUUUACGGAAUAUUCCAUCUUUUCGGCAACAACAGCGAAGUCUACGGCACAACGAGCGACUGAGAGUAUAAUUAGUAAUUCGAUUACACUGAUGUUUUACUUAUCAUUCGCCGCGUCGUUUUUCGUCUUUUUCGUAUCGUCGAAUUCAUUUCGACAUGAAGCGAAAUUAUUUAUCCUUUGCCGAAAGCGAGGGUCUGAUGGAAAUACUCAAGUACAACCUUUCUCGACAGUUGCUCUGAAAAAUACCAUUGUAUAA